GUAACCAAGACAGACACAGAAAGAGGGAGAGAGAGAGAGCGCGAGGGAGAGAGGGAGCGAUAGAGAGAGAGAGAGAGAGAGAGGGAGACUCGGGUACGGGCAGAAACGGAGGGAAGCCGCAGACCAAUCGCAGCAUCGUCGCGCGCUCGCGGACCAGGCUCACUUUCAGACGGAGCUCGCUUUCGCGCGCUGACGUUCCUCCCCACGUCCAUGCCAGCGGGUCCCCGCACCCCUCCCCCUCCCCCCGCUGGGCUCUCCUCCUCUUCCUCAUCCUCUGCCUCCGUCUCCGGGAACCCCUGCUCUGCCGCAGCAGGAAUGGGCUGCAGGCUCUCCGGGCCGCUGGCUGGCGACGGCAGUGGGGCCAAUGGGCGGCACCUGGCCCAGACCAGUCGAAGUGAGGCACAGCGCAUCCUCAGUAGCUACGAGCAGCCAAUCACGUGGCAGAUAGAGGGAUGGAGCGGGAGGGGCCACCAAUCAUGGCCCACAUCCGACUGCAGCACCCAAACGGAACGAUCCUGGGACAGUUGCCAGGGCGUAGGGGUCACAGCGGGGUCAGCCUCUAGACUAAACGCCUACAUGAACAGGCCCUGCUGCGAGCAUGUCACCCAGCCGCACAGUCACUACAGAGCCUGCGAGUACCUUCCCAGCUUCCCCCAGGGCGCGGAGCACUUCAGCACCCUGGGCUUCCAGGACCCUGAACCGUCCAGCAGUACACCAAAAGAACAAGGCUGUCUGUUUGGAUGUUGCGGCACAAACACAGAUGAGCCCGGCAGCUUCUUCAGCCAGACAGAGGACGAGGAGCCUGUGCCUGUAGGAUAUCUGCCCCUGCUCCACGAGCUAGACAGCGGGUUGGGCUGCACCGAUGGCAGCUUCCACCAGGGGGAGCUGUCGGGGCCAGAGACAGAGGAGGGUGUGGAGCUGGGUUCCCCCCGAGACCGGAGCAGCCCAGCCAGCUCGCCGUCCUCCCAGUCGCUCGUCUCCUCCGAGCUCAGCGACUCCGGCUUCUACAGCGUCAGCGCCGGGGACUUCCACCACUUCCAGAGGCUGCUGGAGAGGAAGAUGCGUCUCUACCGAGCGUGUGCAAGUGGAGAGAUGCAGGAAAGGGGGGGGGCCCGCUUAGACCUGCAGUCCAUCCCUGAAGCCAGCCCCCCACCCAGAGAUAUGGGCCCGCUGCAGUUCAGGAGGGCAGGAAGCGCUCGACUCAGCAGGUGUCCCUCAGGACCUCUGUUCCCCCCGCAGCCUGGACCUUCCAGUUGCAGUACCCCCUCCUGCCUGCGGAGGGCAGCCUUGCAGCAGCAUAACUCCUCUCUGGGGCUCCUGAACAUCUCCCUGCGGAACUUAGACCGGAGACGGGCCAGCCACCCCUCUGAACACCAGCGCUGGCGGCCUGCCCAAGACUGUCCCCACGUCGCACAGCAACAGCACCACACUUUACCCAGAGAGCCUUGCUGCAAAGAGUUCAGGCUGGGCCACGAGGCCCUGGACAGGAAGGAGAUGGCAGAGUGGGACUGGGAGAGGCAGGGAGGGAGGGAACAUCAAUGCCUUAUACCCAGUCCCCUUCAGGAGGCCCAUGAAGCCUGGUCCAAACCUGCAGGGGACCCCUACAACACACUGGGCCCUAUGGGGAGCCCCUGCAGUGCACUGGGUCCUAUGGGGAGCCCCUGCAGCGAGCUGGGCCCUAUGGGGAGCCCCUGCAGCGCGCUGGCCCCUAUGGGGAGCCCCUGCAGCGAGCUGGGCCCUAUGGGGAGCCCCUGCAGCGAGCUGGGCCCUAUGGGGAGCCCCUGCAGCGCGCUGGGCCCUAUGGGGAGCCCCUGCAGCGAGGGCCCUGGUAGGGUGCGCAUGGGAAGGAGCCAGCUACUGAAGGCGCGUGCGUUGAGACUGGCAGACGAACGCAGCGAGAACACCACGGACGAGGAGGCGUGCGAGGUGCAGACGGGCCGCUACUGCAGCCGCGCCGAGCGGCGGCGCCACCUGCUGCUGGCCCAAGAGCAGCGGCAGCGCAAGAGGAACGGUGCCAAGGGCGGGGCCUGCCAGGGGGGUGGGGCCUGUCUGGGGGGCGGGGCCUGCCAGGGGGGCGGGGCCAGCUGCAGCACAGUGCUGGAGCUCAGCCACAGGAAGCUGAGCCUCCUGAGGAACCGCAAGCUGCUGGAUGACUGGACCACCGUGGAGGAGCUGCUGACCCACGGUACGCGGGCUGGCAGCCAGGAGAUCCUCAGCUUCAGCCCCUUGUUGUCCGUCACCACCGUGUAG